CAGAAACAAUUCGAAGGCGUGAACUGAGUGUGAAUCACCAAUCACCGAACCAGAGCUUGACCCAAUCGUCUUUUUCCAUUUCAAUCGUUUCUUCACCAUCUCCGUCUCUGAGCGAUGCGAUGAGAUCUUUACUGCUGAGUCCGAGCUCAUACCGAUUCCAUCAUCCGAAUCCAUUUCGAUCUCUUGAAUCGGUUCCUCUCCUUUCCGUUACACGUCUUCGCGACGAAUCUGAAUCUCGUUCCUCUUUCAAGUUCAGUGAAGCGAGCUUGAAGAGACAUGGAUGCAGCAUGAGACGAAGCUCUGUGAUAGUUAAGGCAUUUGACGACGAUUCAUUUGAUUUCUACUCCGGUGACAUAUUUGCUGCUACAUAUGUGAUUUCGUCGAGUGAAGGCGAAGAGAGCGACGGAGAAUAUGCACUGAAUGUGGUAACGGAAACAACUUCUCAAAGGCUAGGCAAGUUUCCAAGAGGUCGGAAAAAGCACAGGCACUAUAAAGUAGGUGUAAGCUUUGAGGAAUUUGAAUGUAGGAUCUGUUGUUUAACAAGUGUUUGUUCCCUAGAAAUCAGAUAUGGGAUUAAUUUGGGGCUUCUUGCCUUUUUGACACCGCUGCUUUUAUUAGUGGAUUCUUUUGCUUGGAAGAUUGUUAGACUGCCUCUGCCUCCAUAUUUCUUAAGCCUUCCCUUCUUCACAUCGGCUGCUUUAGCCACCUUAGCCGGUUAUAUAUUCGUUCCGCUUCUAGAUAGACUGAAAGUGCAUGAGCCUAUUAGGACACUAGCGCCAGUUGCGCAUAACCGCAGACAAACAAUCCCGACAAUGGGCGGUUUGUUCUUUGUUCCAGUUGGUGUCGUUGUUGCAAUAGCCUUGACUAAAUUUUCGUCUGUCGAAGUCGCUGGAGCAGCAGCUGCAACUGUAGUGUUUGCUGCGAUUGGGUUUGUUGAUGACUACUUGAGCCUCUGCAGUGAUAAUAAUAAUGGUUUAUCUGCAAAGAUACAACUCCUUUUGGAGGGAGCUGUCGGGACUUGCUUUGCGUUUUGGUUGGAGACUGCAAACGUAUCAUCUCCUUAUGGCAUGAAAAUGUUGGUUCCUUUGCCUUCACCAUUAGGUCUCGUUUGUUUGGGGAAACUUUACCUAUUGUUGACAUCGUUUUACUUCGUUUCCAUGGGAAACUUAGUCAAAGCAACCGAUGGUCUUGAUGGAUUAGCAGGAGGUAUCGCUUGCUUGGCUUUCGUUGCAAUGGCAAUAGCAGUUCUUCCUAUUUGCUCUGAUCUUUCUAUAUUUGGAGCUUCGAUGGCUGGAGCUUGUUUCGGGUUUCUACUUCACAAUCGGUACAGAGCAUCAGUGUCCAUGGGAGAUACAGGAUCAUUGGCUCUCGGUGGAGCUUUGGCUGCAAUGGCUGCUUGCUCAGGAAUGUUCUUCCCGCUGUUCAUAUCAUCUGGUGUUUCUGUCUUGGAAGCUUCUUCGGUCAUAAUUCAGGUUGCGUAUUACUCGGUGACUAAACGUUUAAACGGAAGAGGGCGUCGCGUUUUCAAAACGGUUCCGUUUCAUCAUCACCUAAGGCUCAGUGGUUUGAAGGAGCCAAUGAUAGUAACAAUGGCAUAUGUUGUAUCCUCUUUACUCUCUCUUUCAGCAGCUUACGUAGGUCUUACUUCUGCAUAAGGUUCUUCCUUGCGCUUCCUCUCAACCCAAUUUUGUCUUCUUAAAUUCUUUUAGGUGUAAAGUAAUAAUUACUAAAAUGACUUACCCUAUUUUUAUUUUUGUUUGAAAAAAGUUCCUAUAAUUAUUUGAAAAAAAAUUCUCUUUCUUUCAUCUUCAAUACCC